AUGGUUGGAAUACGUUUGCUGUAUACAGUGUUUUGUGUUACAGCAGUGGUGUGUUGUAUUCAGACAGCUUCUGCAACACUUUUCCCAACACACACUCCGGAACUGGAUUCUUUGGUGGAGCUGAUGCCAAAUGUAGAACGUAGCGUUAAAGAUUGUCCCUUCAAUAUUUACAACCAUGGAGGAAUAGCAUUGGCUAGCUCCAUAUUUGUUGACCGAUACGUUGAUAAAACGUUCAGUCAUACAGUAAGAGUACUGAAGGAAGGUUUGACUUGUGUUGGGCUGAUCGUAGACGAAAAUCAUGUGCUAACUACGACGGACUGUGCUUUCUCUGAAGAUGAUAGUCUACCGGAAAUCAAACUUGCCAAUGAAACACUAGACGCUAUCAACGUAGGGGAAAUGUUUUCUCAUCCCGAGUACAAUGUUAGUCUGCUUCGCCUCAGCUCACCCAUCUCGAUUACGAAAUUAGCACUCCCUGCAUGUUUCUGGGAUGCUUCAUUUGAGGAUGGAUUUGAUAAAAUACAAUCAAUUGUCGUUGCACCAAACGGCAGUCUUGUACUGGAGGAAACUAAAUGUACGUACAAAAAUCGCAACGAAUGUUUGACGGAUCUUCUGAAAACGAGCACCUUACUACAAACUAGAGCCAUCGCCAAUUAUCGCAUGUAUCCAUUCGUAUUCACUUUUGGUACCGACGAUAUGGGUUUAGCAUUGCCAGUGAUGAAAUAUAUCGUUUGGAUGGAAAGUGUCACCGAGCAAAAAAUUAAAUCGUCUGAAUGUGUCGCUACGUAUAGCGAUUAUCGAGAUUACGAAGAUUCAAUGGCUUCUAGAAGUGAUAAUUUCGAACAAGUGCAGUAUUCCAAAAGUCGAUUAACGAGCACAAGCGUCAACCAGUACAAAGUACGUAUCGUUCCAAAUACGACGGAAACUGGAUCCAAACGCCACUGCUAUGGAUCACUUAUAGCGCCGAAAUUUAUUCUCACCGCUGCCAACUGCUUGCAUCAGUUUGAUGUUGCUAGCUACAAGGUGGAAAUGGGUCAGCGCAAUGAGUACUACCCAAAGCAAGACAACACAAUUGAGGUGCGUACAGUAGCAAAAAAGGUGCAUUAUCAUCCAGAGUUCGAUGCAACAACGCUUGCCAAUGACAUAGCAGUGCUUGAACUUGUGAACCCCUUUUUUGAGUUUAACGUAAACGUCCUACCGGCGUGCAUCUGGACGCGGGAGAAGUUCCCGGUAGAACAAUUCCAAACAAAUGGAUACGUGCCGUUCAAUGAAGGACAUGAUGAUGAAACUGUGCGAACGAAACAAUUCUAUGCUACAGCUGAUGUUUAUGAAGAAUGUGUAGAUGAAGUGUCCCCAAAUCAGUUUUGUGCCGGAUUCCCAACCGCGCUGGCACCCAACAGUUGUCACAAUAAUAUUGGUUCUGCCAUGUCGCACUCUCUGUACACCUUCAAUCGGUACUUCGAGUAUAUUUUCGCGAUCAACAGUAAAGGAGAAAAUUGUGGGUUCAAUAUGCCGACCGUGUACACUAAAAUAGCGCUAUACGUCAAUUGGAUCGAUAGUAUAAUUUUUGCACCAAAAGUCCGCUACGAGGAUAACACCAAAUACUAUGGAGAUCGAUGCCAGGAUGCAAACGGAAUCGAGGGUACCUGUGUUAGUCUGCGAUACUGUCCGAAACUCGAUCAGGAAGCAAAACAAGGGAAAGCAGUAAAUCCUUCAUCUUCUUGUUCGUUCGGUAAGCAUGAGGAAAUGGUAGUAUGCUGCUCGGACGAGAAUGUGUUACGCGAUGAAACACAUCGUGAGCAACUAGCACAGACAGUAGAGGAGAUAGACAAUUGCCAGAACCUUUAUCAUGAGUUCAGAAAAAAUAAAUCUCCCUACAAAAUCGAUAACUUUCCUACCUAUCCGUUCUUGGCUCGCAUUCAUGGCAGCGGCGAUCGUUCGUGCAAUGGUACAUUGAUCAGCAAACAAUUUGUUUUAACUACCGCUGCUUGCUUUGAACGCAUAGCCCAAGAUGAAAUCUCGGUCGAGUUGGGUAAUACCACUCGACAAACACUGGGCGUGCAGCAUACAUUUACACACCCGGAGUAUAAUAACGAAUCAACGGAGUUCAACUUGUUACUGCUGAAAUUAGCAAACGCGGUUACGAUUGACAAUGACACUAUUCCCGCAUGCCUGUGGCGCAAUCAGACGCAUACGCCAUUGCGUUUGCAGGAAGUAUACGCAAAUCCAAACUUUACGCAUCAGUACACUUCUCCAAUGUUUAACGCGGAUUGCUCGAGGAAAUAUCCCGGUUCUAAUGUUACCAAUCUGCAGCUCUGCAUACAAGAAGAUAAUAUGUUCUAUUACCGUUAUGCAAUGUUGAAUGAUGACGGAGGAAAUGCGCUGGUAAGCCAUUUCGCGCAAGGUGUCAAUGAAUAUCAGGUCACAUACCUUGUUGGGCUCUAUGGUUCAGGGCGCGUGGUACCGAAAAAUGUCGAUGCACAUAGCACCGGAAAACCCGUAUCAAAGGAAUAUUAUAGUGUUUACCAGCGGGUCAGUGAGUACUACAAUUGGAUUAAAAAUGUGAUCUCUGUGGAAAUGCAGAAGAGAAAGUGA